GACGUCAUAAGGCUGCGACGCGCUCCUGCAUCUGUUGCUAUGAUCUGUUGUGAAUCAGCUGAAAAAAGAAAAACUCCCAGUGAAGUGACUGAGAUCCAUGUGACACUAUUAUAAAGAUGUUUAUUAAAGAAGAGAGUGAAGACAUGAAGAUUGAAGAAACAUUCAGAGUGAAACAAGAAGAAACUGAGGAACAAACAGACCUGAUGGCACAGAAAGAGGAGACUGAAGUACUAAAUGAAGUGGAAGAGAAAGAUCAACAUAACAAUCAUCAUGAUUUCAUUACUGAAGAAAAAUAUUUUAGUUGCUCACAGACCGAAAAGACAUUCUCUAGAAAAAUGACUGAAAAGACAGGGACUAGAAGUAAUUUCAUCUGCCAAGAGUGUGGAAAUAGUUUCAACAGAAUAGGAAACCUUAAAGCCCACAUGAGAAUUCAUACUGGAGAGAAACCUUACAGAUGCCAACAGUGUGGAAUAAGUUACACUCUAAAAGGAAGCUUUACCAGGCACAUGAAAAUUCACACUGAAGAGAAGCCUUAUACCUGUCCGCAGUGUGGAAGGAGUUUCAAACAGAAAGGACACUUUGAUGACCACAUAAGAAUUCACUCUGAAGAGAAACCCUACACAUGCUCUCAGUGUGGAAAGAGUUUCAAAAAGAAAGGACACUUGAAAGACCACUUGAGAACUCACUCUGGAGAAAAGCCUUACACCUGCAAACAGUGUGGAAUAAAUUUCACUCUGAAAGGAAGUUUUAACAGGCACAUGAAAAUUCACACUGAGAAGCCUUACACCUGUCCACAGUGUGGAAGGAGUUUCAAAGAGAAAGGACACUUUGAUGACCACAUAAGAAUUCACUGUGGAGAGAAACCCUACACAUGCUCUCAGUGUGGAAAGAGAUUCAAAAAGAAAGGACACUUGAAAGACCACUUGAGAAUUCACUCUGGAGAGAAGCCUUACACCUGCCAACAAUGUGGAAAACGUUUCGGCCAAAAAGGAAUCCUUAACAGGCACAUGAAUAUUCACUCGGGAGAGAAGCCUUUCAUGUGCCCUCAGUGUGGAAAGAGUUUCAGCGGACAUGGAAACUUUUUAGUCCACAUGAGAAUUCACACUGGAGAGAAGCCUCACAACUGCCAAAAGUGUGGAAAGAGUUUCAGUGAACAUGGAAACUUUUUAGUCCACAUGAGAAUUCACACUGGAGAGAAGCCUUACACCUGCCAAAAAUGUGGAAUAAGAUUCACUCUUAAAGGAAGUCUUAACAGGCACAUGAGAAAUCACAAUGGAGACAAGCCUUACAUGUGCCCUCAGUGUGGAAAGAGUUUCAGUGUACAUGGAAUCCUUUUAGGCCACAUGACAAUUCACACUGGAGAGAAGCCUUUCACCUGCCAGCAAUGUGGAAUAAGUUUCACUCUGAAAGGAAGCUUUAACAGGCACAUGAAAAUUCACACUGAGAAGCCUUAUACCUGCCCACAGUGUGGAAGGAGUUUCAAACAGAAAGGGCACUUUGAUGACCACAUAAGAAUUCACUCUGAAGAGAAACCCUACACAUGCUCUCAGUGUGGAAAGAGUUUCAAAAAGAAAGCACACUUGAAAGACCACUUGAGAAUACACUCUGGAGAAAAGCCUUACAGCUGCCAAAAAUGUGGAAUAAGUUUCACUCUUAAAGGAAGCCUUAACAGGCACAUGAAUAUUCACAAUGAGAAGCCUCAACACCUGCCCUCAAAAAGAAAGGACACUUCAAUUACCACUUGAGAAUUCCCUCUGGAGAGAAGCCUUACACCUGCCAACAAUGUGGAAAAAAAUUUGAACCAAAAAGGAAUCCUAGAGAUUCAACCACAUGAACAUUCAACUGUCUAUCUUUAGUGUGGAAAGAGUUUCAACCAAAAAGGAAUCCUUAACAGGCACAUGAACAUUCACACUGGAAAGUAGUCAUAAAUAUAUGGUCAGUGUGGAAAGAGUUAUAAAGAAACCUUAAAGUACCACAUGAGCAUUUAUGUAUGAGAGAAUCGUUUUAUAUGUGAUCAGAGUGAACACCUUAGGAAUUCACAUAAGGAUCCUGAUUUACUCAGGCAUAGUUGUUUUUGGUUCUUUGUCUAGGGGUUAAAAGAAGUUCAAAAUAUCUGAGCAGUGACUUGGCAAACAUCUCAGGUGGAUUUUAGAUUAAUAUGUAAAUGUGUGCUUUCAAUAAAAAAAUUAACUCCAUGAGAAAA